AUGCCUUCACAACCCAAUGAUCUGCAUCCCACCAAUGACCCCUCACAUGAGGAACCCUCUGAUGAUCAGGCCGAAAUGAUUCUGGUACCUGCAGAACAUCAAAGAAUCACUGAAUCUGAUUCUGACUCCUCCAAUGACUCUGACAGCAAUGACAGCAAACUAAGUGAACUCCUGCUCGACCUCAUGACAUCAACAAAAUGA